UGGAGACGCGCAGUUCGUCUGGCAGGACCGGACGGGCGACACUAUAAACACACUGCCCUUAAAACCUUCAUUCCACUUUGCUCAGCAGCUAAACCAUGUCUGAUUCUCACCAGUACCCCGUUUUCUUUGAGUGCCACAGCCUGCUCCAGGAACAGCAGAAGAGAAUCGAACAAUAUUUCCGUGUCCGCCGCAGAUCAGGCGGAGGAGACUGCGGAUCGCUGAAAAAGGAGAGUGAUCGGAUCUACAGCGUUGCUUUCAAAAACCAAAAAGAUCAGCAGGCGGUCCUGCAGAGAUCUGAGCAUGUUGUGGACGGUCUGGUCUUCUCCGUCCGAGCCAGCCGGGAACCUCUGACCUCCUCUCCCAGCCAGGAUCUUACAGCUCCAGUACAGAGCCAACAGCGCUUUCCGGCUCCAACUCCUUCAACAAGUGACGAAGAUUAUGAACUACGACCUGAUUCUUACCUCCUACGUUAUCUAAAGGAGUGCCCCAAGGCUGUGAAAGAAUUAGAGGAAGGACUCACCUCUGUGGCCUGCUCUGCCCAGCUGUACCCAGAGGAGGGGAGGGUUUUAGUUAGCCGGUUAGCUCAAGCUGGUGCCGUAGAUGAUGUCACAAAUUGGAAAGCCGAGGUAGACAAACUCUUAGAUGGCUACCUGUGCCACUAUGAGGUGGACCCUCACAAAGUAAAAGCUUUACUUCAGUCCUGCAGCUCUCCUGAUACCACAGAUGAGGUGAAGGUGUAUGGAGAGAAUGGGAUGGCCGUUGUGGUUGGGGAGCGUUCUCAAGUGAACGCCAGGUUGAUGGAUCUUGAGGACUCGUCUGUUAAACGACGGUCAGGUUCCUGUGAGAAGCAAACAAGCAUUCGUCGACUGGGCGAGGCCAAGCUCCGCCUUCUCUGGAAAGAGAUUGAGCGCAGUUUGCAACAAGAUUUUCCAGGAGUGAAGGUCACGCAGGGAGCUGCAGGUCAGUUAGUUUUGGAAGGUUCUGUGGAGGAGAUUCUUAAGGCUGGAGAAUGGAUCUCUGAGCAGGAGAAUUUUGUGUUAGAAAGGACAGUUUCUGACAAGAGCCCACAUUUUUUGGCCUUCUUGAGAAAGGCAUACAAAGGUCCAGAGAAGCUAGGGGACUUUUUAGGGGUUGGUGGCAAGGUGGAAAUAGAGUUACGAGAUGCAGAGGUGUGUUUCUUAUCUCUUUCCACUGAUGAUCUUGUUGCAGCUGUGAAGGCACUGCAAUGUGAGAUCAAAGAAGUCAAGAUUGAUGUUCCUAACUGCUCCUCUGUGCCAUCUGAUCUUUGUGAAAAGCUAAAGUCCAAGAGAAAUGAGAUGAACCAAGACCAAUACAGGGCUCAGGUUGUGUUUGGCCCAGAAAGCACGGUGUGCCUACUGGGCCAUACCAAAGAGGUUGAAGAGCUCAGUAACUAUCUAGGCCAAUUUCUUGACUCCCUUGUUCAGUAUAGAGUCACCACUGACCCGUCAGGGACAGUAGGAUCGUCCACAAGUCCCGCUGGGAAAGAUGAAUUCCCAAGCGUUGCGCGUGAUCUUGCAUCCUUAAGUUUAAGUGAAGUAAACACAACGGCUGCUAGCUACAGCCUUCGGGAUGACUUCCAGGUUCUGGUGUGUCAGGGUGACAUCACCAAACAGGAAGCCGACGCCCUGGUGAACGCUGCCAACGAAGAUUUGGACCACAGUGGUGGAGUUGCUGCUGCACUGAGUAAGGCGGGUGGCCCUGAGGUGCAGAAGGAGAGCAGAGCUAUAGUAAAGCAGACUGGAAAAGUUUGUACAAGUGAUGUGGUAGUGACCACAGCGGGGAACUUAAACUGCAAGAUACUGCUGCAUGCUGUUGGGCCUGUAGGAGGAAAAUCAGGUGACAGAGAGAGGAUGUUACUGGAAAAAACUGUCCAGUCUGCUCUGAAUUUAGCAGAUUUGAUGGAGUGCAGGUCCAUAGCCAUGCCCUGUAUCAGUUCAGGUGGGUUUGGUGUUCCUGUCGCUGUGUGCUCUGACGCUAUUGUAACUGCUGUUAAGACAUUUAGCAGUGAGGGAGGGCGAAGUCUGAAUAGAGUUAUCCUGAUUGAUAACAGAGUAGAGGUGGUGAGGGCCAUGCAGGAAGCAUGUGACCGGCUUUUCCAAGGGAUAAGUAGCAGAAACGCUGCACCAAGAGAUCAAGGAGGAGCCGCUGCUGGACCUCCUGAAGAUGGUGUCCGUGUAGAGAUCAUUCAGGGAACCAUGGAGACCCAGCAGGUGGAUGCCCUGGUAUCACCCAUGGUGAACAAUGAACCUCUCUCUACCCGUGUUGGAAACACUUUGUUUGAAAUCGUUGGACCCCAGCUGAAUGCAAAGUUCAGAAAGGAAGCAGGAGAAGAAACUGUGCCUGGUGACGUCGUCCUGGUGGAGGGCCUGCCCGUACUUCCAUCUAAUGCAGUGUUCUUCCUCAACCUUGUUCCCUGGGAUGAAGACCAAGAUGGACCUGCAGUUCAGGUUCUGAAACUGGCCAUCAACAACAUCCUAACUUCUUGUGAGAACAGAGGGUUUGGAUCGGUUGCUUUCCCUGUACUCGGUGCUGGGAUUGCCCUUAAGUUUCCCGUCAGCGUGGUUGCCAGGGUUCUACUGGAAGAAGUUCAUGCGUUUGAACAGAACCGAGCCAGCCGAAAACCAUUCCUGGUCCAUAUCGUCGUCCACCCCAAUGAUGAAAAGUCCAGAGAGGCCUUCAGGUAUGUCGAGGAAGCUUUCCAACUCAGAUCCACAACAGAUGUUCACCAUCCAGACCAAGUGUCAACUGCAAGAAGGAUCGUCUUGGUGGGAAAAACUGGAUCUGGGAAAAGCCAUCUAGCUAACACCAUAUUUGGAGAGAAAUUGUUCAAAACCGACCAUACUCCAAACUCUGGAACAAGUGAUUGUCAAGCUGAGACAAAAUUGGUCAAUGGAAGAAACAUCACUUUGAUCGACACUCCUGGUUUCUUUGAUACAGCCAUACCUGAGGAGAAGCUGAAGCCUGAAAUAGUGAGGUGUAUCACAGAGUGCGCUCCUGGGCCUCAUGCUUUUCUCAUUGUGCUGAAAGUGGAAAAAUUCACAGAGCACGAGCAGGCUGUCAUCGCUAAAAUAUGCCAAUAUUUCACUGAAGACGUUUUAAAAUAUGCUGUAAUUGUCUUCACACAUGGCGACGAGCUCCCUAAAGGGAUGAAAAUUGAGGAGUUUGUCAGUAAGAAUGACAAUCUGAGUGAUCUGGUGAAGAAGUGCGGCGGCCGUUGCCACGUCGUCGAUAAUAAACACUGGAAGAACAAACUGCAGAACAACUACAAGAGCAACCAGGUCCAGUUGGAGGAGCUGCUCGACACAAUAGACAAAAUGGUGAUGGAAAACAAUGGAGGCUAUUACACCAACAAGGUGUUUCUAAAAGUGGAGAAAGAAAUACAGAUAGAGGAAGAGCAAAUAAAAAAAAACUUCUCAUCAGAAAACAUGUCACAGGAACAGAUCAGAAAACAGGCGAAAAGCAUAGUGUCUGACAGGCUCAUGAUCCUACUAGCAGGCACAGCAACAGGAGCUUUGUUAGGAGCUUUUUUUGGCUUGGCAGGGAUGGUUCUAUUAGUUAUCACCGCUAUGCGAAACUGCCCUGGGUUGAUGAAUCUUGUGAAAAAGUUUCCAGCGUUAGGAGGCGCUGCAGCGGCAGCAGCAGGAGGAGGAGAAGUAGCAGGACUGGCAGCCACUGGAGUGGUGUUGGGCGUGGUUGCCACGGGCUUUGCUGCAACAGGAGGAGUAAUAGGUGGUAUUAUUGGACACGAGGCAGCUGAGGGAGCAGAAACAGCAGGAGAGGCAGCGGAGAUGGCAGCAAAGGCUGUCAUUAACAGAGGAAAAGCUGUGUUUAAGCUGCCUUAAUUACGUAACAUUCAUCUGAAGUUGUGUUUCUGGCCAACUGGAACAUGUUUAUCCAACAUGUAUUCCUUUUAUCUCUGUUUUUGUCUCCACCAACUCUGGAGGAAAAUAUCUGGCUCUUUAGCUGCGGAAAGUUUCAUAUAAUGCCGUUGGGAAUUUCAGGGUCUGGUAAUAAUUCUCUGUGGGUUUGAUACAACGAGCAGACAAGUAAUCCAUUGUUAAUAUAACAAAAAUUGAUUAGUGCAGCUUUAACUGAAGAGAAAAAAUGUUUUGGGCUGAUAAUCACAACAUAAACAAUACAAGGUAUGCAGUGAUUCUGAAAAAGGUUGAGGGAAAUGUUCAUUUUAAAGAGUCAAAAUAAUGAGUAAAAAUAUAUAAGUAUAUUUCCGGGUAAUGCAAUUGACAAUGUAUUUUAAAUCACUAUUUUUCAACUGACCUGUUUCUCUAUAUUAUGCCAUUAUUUGUUUGUUGGAAAUCUUGUUUUUUUUGACAAUAAAAGCACUGAUUGCAAA